AUAAAAAUAACAUUAGUCAGUAUAUUUUUACACAUCAAUUACAUUGGUUGAUGAUUCGUCAUUAUAUAGUGUUGUAUCAAAAUGGCAGAUGCAAAUAAAGAGUCUCCCAAAAAGUUGAAGAAGAAAACAGCAUCAGAUGAGACUCAGCUUCUAUAUUUAGUGACAAAGUAUUUCAAACUUGCAGGAGUUACUUUAGCAGUAUGGCUUGUUGGAUGGACAAGAUUCAGCCCAAGUUGGUUGCUACUUGGAUUAGUGUUGUAUUUAUGGAAAGAAAGACAUGUCAAGCAGAGACAUCGAAGGAUGAAGAUGAUGCAGCAGAUUGCAGAAAAUGAGAAAGAAGUUAUUUUGGCAACUGUUGAGGAUUUGCCAUCAUGGGUUCAUUUUCCAGACAGAGAAAGAGCUGAAUGGUUCAAUCAGAUCAUAGACCAAGUAUGGCCAUUCAUUGGAGAUUAUGUACGAGAUUUGUUGAUGACCUCAAUACAAGAAAAGAUUCAGACCAGUCAUGCUCAGGCUGCUUCAUUCAAAUUUUUAAAAAUAGAUCUUGGUGAUAUUCCUCCUAGAAUUGGUUCAAUAAAGGUUAAUACCAAAAAUGUGAGAAGAGAUGAAAUAUACAUGGACAUUGAUCUUAUGUACGGCAGCGAUGCAGAUAUUGAGAUGAGAAUAAAAGGCAUGACUAUGGGCAUUAAAGAUUUACAUGUACGUGGAGAGUUGAGAGUUAUUAUGAGACCGUUGAUAAGUAGGAUGCCUUUGUUUGGUGGUAUCAGUGUAUUCUUCCUAAAUAAUCCAACUCUAGACUUCAACUUAACUGGUAUGGCUAAUGCCAUUGAUAUGCCAGGUCUAAGUGAUAUGGUAGACACUAUAAUCCAAGAACAGAUUGCUGCUCUGAUGGUAUUACCCAACAGGAUUGAUGUUCCAAUGGUACAAGAUCUGGCUAGUUUGGCAAGGCUUAAAUACCCACUGCCUGAUGGUGUUCUGAGAAUUCAUGUGGUUGGAGCUAAAGAACUUAUAAAAGCAGAUGUUGGACUAAUGAAGAAGGGACUCUCUGAUCCAUAUGCGGUUGUUAGAAUGGGUGCUUACAAGUUCAAGACUCAAGUCAUUAAUAACACAAUAGAGCCAACAUGGAACAGCAUAUUUGAGACAAUUGUUGAUGCCAAAGACGGACAGGUUUUGGAUGUUGAAGUUCGUGAUGAAGAUCCCGGAAGUAAAGACGACUCCAUUGGAACAACAAGUUUACCUAUUUCAUCUGCAGCAGAGAAGGGAACAGAGGACACAUGGCUACCAUUAGAAGAUGUUAAAACUGGUCGUAUUAAUUUGAAACUAGAAUGGAUGUAUCUGUCAAAGAAUGCACUCAUCUUAGAAAAGACAAUAAAGGAGAUGGAGUUAAGGAAUAAACUUAACCCUGAUUUGUCAUCCUGUUUACUGAUGGUUAAUCUGGACUCAGCCAGAGAGUUGCCUAAAGACAAUUAUUUAAUGAGGGCCAAGAAAACCAUGUCAGAGCCAAGUCCUUACGUUAAACUGUCAUUAGGCCAAAGUAAGUUUGAAAGUGGAAUUAAACCUGACACAGAUGAACCAAGAUGGGAACAGAACUUUAGGUUCUUGGUCCACAAUCCAAACUUACAGACUUUGGAAUUAGAGGUUUGGGAGAGUAAAUCUAAGACUAGAAUUGGUAAUUUGAAAGUUCCACUGAAAAACCUUUUGGUUGAACCAGACCUGAUUGUUGAUAAAUUCUACAAUUUAGUGAACUCCCCUUCACCAAAAGCUCAAGUUAGAAUGAGGUUGUGUCUAAGGGUACUUACAUCUGAGAUUAGCCAGGCAGACAUUGAGGAGGAGGAGGAAGAAGAGGAAACCCCUGUAGAAACAUUACAGAGUAAAGAAUCCUCUGUUGACCCUGUCGCACAACAAUCUGCCACUCCAGCUGAUAAAACUGCCAAGGCUGCACCAGCUGCUGUUAAGAAAGUGGAAGUAGUAAAAGUGGAAAAAGUAAACAAAGUGUCUAGCAAACUUCCAGAGGGUCAGUUAAUACCUCCCAUGGACUCGUCCACACCCAUCAAGGACGCAGAUGUCAGGCAGAGGAAAUCUCCCUCCAGUAACCAAGGAGGGUUAUAUGGGCGUGGAAGGAUACAGAUUACGUUAAGAUACUCUACUCAGAGACAAAACCUUGUUGCAGUUGUACAUAAAUGUGUGAAUUUGAUACCAUGUGAUACAGAUGACAACUUAGCUGAUCCUUAUAUUAAGAUGUAUCUCUUGCCUGAUAAGUCAAACAAAAAGAAGACAACAAUCAUCAAAAAUACUCUCAAUCCUGUCUGGGAUGAAACAUUUGAAUUCCCAGUGAAACAAGCUGAUCUGUCUAGCAAAACUUUAGAAUUUUCUGUAAAGAAUGAUACUUCUUUCUACACCUCAAACAAGAAAUUCAUAGGAAUUGCUCAGAUCGAGUUGGGAAACAUGGACCAAACAAAAGCUGCCACUCAUUGGUUUGAUCUGCAGCCUGAUGAGGAUGAAUGUAAGCCAGUAUCACUGCCUUCAGAAACAGACUUGUAAAAUGGUUAACAUAGAUCUGAUGUAUAUAGUCCUUGUAUGGUUGAUAAAGGGAAUUGCAAUAGUUAUAACUUAGAACUUUAUCUAUAUAUGUGUCUUUAUACUUUUCAUUGCAUUCAGUGACAACAUUUGUUCCUUCUAUAUUGAUUCAUGUUUCCUCUGUCUUUUGGCAAAGUUCCUGUCUGAUCUUGAAGGUUUUUAAGAAGGAAUGAUAUUACUGAAUUUGUAGAAGUACUACAACCCUAAGUCAACAUGAAUAGGAUUUAAAUGUGUGGUCAUUCUGAGGAACAGAGUUUUAAGUGACUGAGUAAAUUUCAGACAUCUGAUUUGAAAUUUUGUGCUUUUCAUGUUGAAAUUAGUAUGCCUAUUAUUAUGCAAGUUUUAUGCACAAAUUAUGAUAUAUUUUCUAAUUUUAUUUACACUUAAUGUAUGCAAGAAAUUUUACAUCGAUGUCCUCCUAGCGAGAGUUUUUAUUUUAUUUUUGAAAGAUAAAUACUCCUUUAAUAUUCGUCUAACAAACUAAAGUGAACAGCAUGUCUCAAUUAUUUUGUUUUUAGGAACUUGUUGUUUUCAUGAAUGUUUAGGGGUUAAAUUAUCACCAAUUAAGAAUAUGGUGGAUUAUGGUAAAUUUUACUGUCUUAAGUAAAACAAGGUAUAACUUUACUAUGCAAAACUUUAUAGAAUGGUUGUGCUAUUAGUACUAUUAAUGCUAUAAUAGAAAUGAAAAGUCCAUGUGAUCUAUUAAGCUCCCUUUAGAGGGUUUUGGAAUAUUUUUUUUGAGAAUUUUCAAGUUCUUUGUGCGAUAUCAGUUUGUUGACAAACAAUUUGAUGGUUGUCUCGAUUUGUUUUCUUUAUGUUAAUUUUAUACAAUUUAAUAUAUCUGAAUAUACUCAAAGCAUAUGUAUAUAUUUAUAUCGUACCAUAGUUAUACUAAUACUCCUAAACAGUGCUAGCUUUUUGCAUAGUUGAAAAGUUGAAGUGACAAACAUUGAGUAGAAUUUAAAAUUUUGGAUGAUGGUGAUAUUUUUAAUAUGAAUGGUAUUAAGACAUGCUCAGAGGUCAAUAGGUAAUUGUGCUAUCUACAGUUUGCUCUAUUUUAAGAGUUAUAUAUUGUCAGUUAUUCCUUUAAACCUAUUAGAUUGUUAUAGUUAUACAGAUCAACAAAGAAGGGAUAAUAUGUAUUAAUGGUAAUGAUUUGGAGAAAAUCAGAUUGGCCAUUUCCUGUUGAGCAAUCACUUAUUCCACUAAUGACUAAAACAAGGAUGAAAUAAAUUAUAACUAUAGACCAGAAAGUCUCUUGUUUCAAUAAAAUAUUUCCUCAAAUAAAAAUGGGUAUCAACUCUCCAUGACACCACUUCCUUAGAUCUGAAUUUUGUUCUUGUUUUGAAUUUGAUUGCAGUAAUUUCUAAUAAAUGUUGAGCAAACAACUAUUAAUCUAUUAAAUCUUGAAGAAGAAAAAAUGAAUCAGUGCCAAAAUAUGGUGCAACAUGACAAUUCACUCUGCAAUUUCUAGAUAAUAUUUUGUUUUCGUAUUCUAGUUAAAAUCAACUAAUACAAAAAAUGUUGUAGAUUUGCAAGAAGGCUUGGGCAUUUAAAUGAUAAAACUUGCCAGUUUUCUAGUCCAGGUUUCAGAUUCAAGAAACGUUUUAUUAAUUUUGAACUGUUAUAAAGAUUUUCUGUUGGUCUAUAUGUUAAAUAAUUGAUCUUCAAAUAGUGCCGUUAUUUUAUUUACACAUUGUCAUAAUAAUUUUGAAAAUACAUUUUUAAGGUUUUUUUUCAUUUGAAAGUUUCAAAUAAGUAGAGAAUGAGGUUGAGGCCAAGAUAUGAAUUGAAAAAAAUCAGUUAUUUCAAAAUCUGUUAUUUAACUUAUUUGCUUGAAACUUUUAAGAAUUUUAGCUAAACUUUGUGAUGUCUCUUAACAGAGAAUGUAUUUAUGAAGAACAUAACCUUUUAAUAGGAUAUUGCAUGGUAUUGUUAAAAUGCUUUGGUGGAAUCCGACCCAUCCCAUUUUCAAAAUCUUUUAUCCACUAAUGGAAAAGUUAUGAAGAUUGUUUUGAAGCUUUACAUCUGUGAUUAAAGAAUAUAUGUAUUGUUAAUGUAUUGUAAUAUUUUUAUCAUUUUUUUUUUACAAAAAGUUUCUAUUCACGGCAGAUAUUUGUGAUAUGAGUGCUAAUAUCUUUUCAAAAGUACUGUUAAAUGUUUACAUUACAUAUCAGUUACAGAAAAAUUUUCUUCCAAUCGUUUUGAAAUGUGAACACUUUAUUUAUACAUUAGAAGAGAAGCAUGCUGGUCACUUAUGAUAUUAACCUUUACCUGAUACUGUUAUUAAACUUCAUUGCUAUUUAAUAGGCACAUUUGGAAAUGUAUGAAGUGUGGUUUUACAAUUUGUAUAUUUGUUUGGAAAUAUGACCAGUUUUAAAAACUACAUUUUGUUAAUUUCAGUGUUAAAACAAGAUUCUAACAUAAAUUUUUCUGGUAUAUAAUGAAGCACUGCUAUUGAAAUUUUCUUUACAAUGUGUAAAAAAUUUUGGGUAUUCUUUUUUUUUAACAUGCACUUUUCUCAAUAUUGGUAAUAAAUUUUAAGAAGUUCUCCUGAAAUUACCAUUUGACCCUGGUGCACUAUUUAUAUCCGGUAGAUAGAUAAUUUUAUAUUUUCCAGUUAAACCUCUUUGAAUUUCUGUUACAUAAAAGUUAUUAUUUUCUGUUAGUUUUAUACAUAUAUAUAUAUAUUUUUCUCAUUUAUAAAAUCACAAUGUGUUAUAAUAUAUCAACUUUGUCAUGUUGUUUUGUUAGCAUUACAAUUUUCUUCGUAGUAUAUGAAGCCAAUCACUUAUCAACCAAAAAUAAUCUGGUUAGUACUAAAAUUGUCUGUUGUAACAGCUAAUAAAUUAUGAUAGAACCAAUUGGUUGUGAAAUCUGAUUAACGACUGCAAAAAUUUCUAUGACGAUUUUAAAGUACUUGUAAAUACAGAACAGAACAUAUUUUAUUUCCAAUUAAGGGCCCACAAGGGGCAUACAAGUGCAUACAUGAAUAAGGAAAAAGAAUAUUAAUUUGAUAGAUAUAUAGAUACAAACAUUUUUUACAUACAGUAACAAUACAAUUACUAACUCAUAUUUACUUUAAUAAAUUUACCAACAGCAUUAAGGAGCUGAUUGUCUUCACAGUUUAGUAAAUAAAUAAAUUUAUGCUGAUUAUCAAGUAUAGAAAAAUUUGGAAUUCUUUGGCAAACAAAGUCUAAGAGAGCACAGGUCCCAGUAUUUAGGAGUAAUAAUAUUUGUCCAUAGUACCAUGUUUUUUUUCAAAUUUGAUGUUGGUUAUGUAACAAAACUGUGACAUUGUUGGUAUAUUAUAAACACAAAGUGAUUAUAUUUAGCGGUUGGUAGUAUCCUAACCAAUUAAACUUCUUCCAAAGUA